UAAAUUCCCAUGGAACUGGGACAAACAACGUAGAUAUCCGAGCGCGGCCGAGCGCUCAUUUCCGUUUUCGAAUCCGACGUCAUCUACUCUCAAAGCCCGUGUGUUUUGUGUUUCUUUGGGGCCACGAUGAUUAUCGCUAAUUUAAUAUUGAAAUUAUUGAAACUGAAAUUAGAUUUUUUUGUAUCUUAAAAGUAUCUAAAAUAAAAAACUAAUAAAAUUAUUCACUCAUUUAAUAAAUUAAGCGAGGGAAAGAUAUCGUAAAAAUACGUAAUAACCAAACAAGCUUGAUUAGAAUUGGACUAAAAGAAUUUUGAACAAAAUGGGUAUUCAAGAUCUGCAAGUUUUUUUGGAUAGUAAUUAUGUACAAGGUGGAUCUAUACCUGUGGAUCUGUUAAAAAUAGCACGUACUAUUACUCAAAGACAACAUAAUCGCAUUAGUAAAGCACAACAAUUGCAUUCUGGAAAAUUAAGAUUAGUUCUCGAUGGAGAAUGCUGUUUAGAUAGGUUAUAUGGAGGAUAUUUCUCAGAUUGGGCUUGUGGAGGACAAUGGAAUAGAAUGUUGCAAUUUUUAGCUGUUCUCAUACAAGCAACAGAAAUGUCAGGUUUAGAAUUAGCUGUAUUCUUUAAUGGAUGUUUCGAAUCUUCAAGACGUGCAGAUUGGAUUCUAAACCAAUUGCAAGUGCGAAUUAAAGUAAAUAAUGUAUUAAAACAUAUUUCAACUAAGGGUACUCCUCCACCAAAAAUUUGGUGGACUCCACCAGUUUGUUUAAGAACCAGUCUACGUAUGGCUUUACGGCAUUUGAAUGUUACAGUACUAUGUAGUAUGGAUGAUCACCAUCAAGAAGUAAUCGCAUAUUGUCGAGAGAAUAAUUUUAAUGGCUUAAUUGCUGACGAUGCAGAAUAUGCUGCAUUUGAUCCUCCACGAUAUUUCUCAUCUGAACAAUUAAAACUCACAUAUAAAGGCUCUCUUGACACCAAAGAGUAUAUUCUUCCAGAAUUUUUAAAAGCUUUAAACAUCCCUUCUGAUAGACUAUGUUUAUUAGCUGCAUUACUUGGCAAUUAUAUUUUAACUGAGCAUGACUUAACUGAUUUUUAUAAAAAAUUGAAUGUCAAUACUAAUCUGAAUAAAGUAAAUGUUGAUCAUACAAUUAAAACCAUCGCAAAUUUCGUUCGAGAUUUACCAUCUGUUGAAUUGGAUGUAGUUUCGCAAAAAGUUUUUGGAUCUCUAUCAGAUCCGAGAUGUUCAAAAUUGAGGCAAUCAGUUCAAUACUAUAUAAACGGAACUAAAGAUGGAUUUUUGCAUUAUAAACCAGUGAAACCAAAUAGAGUACACAAAUUAGAUUCUAAGCAAAGCGUUCAACAACAAUCUAAUUUAUCUGAAACGCCCUCAACUUCAGAAGCCGAAUCGAAUUUAGAAACAUCCAGAUUUGCAUCUGAGACUGUAGAAAGCGAACGCGAGAGUUUAAACGCAUAUAAGCAAGCUACUGCAAACGCAAAGUCCGCACCACAAAUUGUGAUAGAUCCACCGGGUAUCCAAGGCCAUGGAGAUGCUGAUAAUAUUAGGACAGAGGAAGAACAAAAUAAUGGGCAUGCUAUUAAUGGUACACACAAUCUUCUAAUUAGUUCAUCAAGUUCAAGCAGUAGUUCUUCUGCAACAUCUCCAUCUCAUGCGACGGCUGAUUCAUCGAAACAAAUGGAAAAAACAAUGACUAUUCCUAGUACAGUACCAGAAGUAAUGCGUACCGCAUCUGAACGGCAUCAAAAAGGUUUAAUGUCUCCUCAUAUUUAUCAAAUUCUCAUUGCUGGAGAAAUAAAGCUGCCUGUUCUUCUCGAAGACGAAAAUCAUCGCGAAUUUCCAUCGAUACAUCUUAUUUAUAGACCUGUUAGACAAAUGGUAUAUGCAAUAUUGUUUAAUCUUCAUCACAGAAUGUAUUUAGCUGCUAAAAGUAAGAAAAAGGAGGUAAAUAGUGAAAAAAUUGAAGUCCCAGAUGUUGUAAUAAAAGAGUGGGUAUGGUCCAAAUCAAAUCCAUAUCUUACUCCGGAAUCUGUAAAAGCAGAACAAAUUGGUUGGGGUGUUCCUACAAUACAACGUUUAUGGUUUGGCACAGGCAUAGAUGAUAAACGUCGUCGUUUACGUGGAUUUUUGACUUGUAUGAAAUCAGAUACACCUCUUAUGUUAAACACUUCCUAUGUACCACAACAUCUUUUAGUCAUGGCUUGUGUAUUAAGAUAUAUUAUGUCGUUUUCGGAGAAAAUAAAGGUUUUACGUCGUUGGGAAUUAGAUGCUUUCAUUGCACAAGCAUUUUCGCCAGAGCUUAUGAAUGCUCAGUAUUUACAAGAUCUCCAGCUUCCUUUAGUAACAUCACGUGGAGUGCAAUUAGCUACUUUAUUUAUGGCCGGUGUCGAAACCGCUCUCUUAGCUAAUGAUGCUUGUGGUGCCCCAAUUCCAUGGUUAAUGUGUUGUCCAUGGUUGUACUUUGAUGGAAAACUAUUUCAUCAUACAUUAGCUCGAGCUAGGAUUGCAAAAAAUUUAUUAGAACUUUGUGGUGGCCAUAUAGAUCGUAUCGUGAAAGUCGAACGGAUGAAGAAAGCUAUUUUAGAAGGUACCAAUGUUAUUUUUGCACGAGCACCACCAGUUGGUCCAGGUAUUCGCAUGUCUGUACCUCAGAAUAUUCUGACUCCUGGAUGUACGAUCAAUGAUGGUUUAAUGCGCGGAAGAGGCAGUGGAACUAUACCUCAACGUGGAUUGAUGCGUCGUCCUAUACCAUCUCGCGGUGGACAAUUAGAAAUUGCUGGAGUUGUCGUUGGACAAUGGGGUCCAAAUUAUGGACAACCUGGUCGUUUACCUCAGCCUCUACAAGGACAUCCUCGCGGACGACUUCCACCUCAAGUAACUUCAAUUGGUGGUCUUAAGUAUGGUCUCCCUCGUGGUUUCACUCCUAUGGGUCGUCCCACAUUUCAAACGCGGGGAAACAAUCGUGCGCAAAUCGCAGGACGAGGGAAAAAGACACAGAUGAAAGCAACUGGUAAAAAGAAAACUACUGUUAAAAAGAAUAAAGAAAGUGAAAAUAAAAAAGAAACUAGAGGACGAGGUAAUAAUAUCGAUGGAAUAACUGACUACAGUGAUUCAAUUCCAAAUAUGAAUGCAACAAAAGAUGCACUGCCAGUACCAGGCCAAUUUGAGGAUGCCAUAGAAAACGGCAAAGGGAUAGAAAAAGGACAAGGAGAUGCGUCACUGGUUGCUCCAGUCGCUGCUGAAAAUUAGGUAUUUAUACAUCACAUUUUUAUCGACUUUUAAAAAUUCCCGGAUGUGACUCAAGACUGCAAGAAAAAAAAUCUUAGAAAAACAAAUGUGUAAACGAGCAAUGAUGCGCUAAUAACAUUUGAAGGUUUUAAUAUAAUUAUUGCAUAUAAGAGAAUUAUUUUCAACAUGUAAAAAAAGAAAAAAGGAAAGACUUACAAUUUUUUCAUAUAAGUUUGAUGUUUUAAAAAAAAAGAGAAGAGGAGAAAUAUUUAAACUAAAUAGCCUUGAAUUUUCGCACAAUAAGCACUAAAAAAACUUUUCAAAUGUUACGCGCAGAAUCACUCAACAGCUAUUAUCUAAAGCUCUGAUGGGGCCAAACUAAUUAAACUAAUGUAGGCAAAAAAGCAUCGUUAAUGCGAUGUCAAGAUAUUGUAAAACUACAAGGAUAUAGACCCAUUUUCGACGUACACGAUACGAUGUCCUCACUGCCAAACGUACCAUUCAGUGUGUAGGAUAAGAGCGAAAACGAACGUGAUUUAAGAAAAAGAAGAAAAUAAAAAAACAAUAAAAUCGUGCUUGUGCUAACACGAGCGUGUUUUUAGACUACUACUCCGCUCGGAUCACCAUAAGGAUGAACUCGACUGAUUAGUGUAUGCGUGCGCUAAUUUUACUAAGAACAAGAACAAGUCGUCAGCUGCUAUAAGUAUUUAAUUCUUAAGAAGUGUGAUUAUUUUUUUUACAAUGAAAAUAUAUAUUUUCCGGUAUUAUAUGAAAUGCUCGCAUUGAUAGUCUCAGUAUUCUGAUCUUUGUAAACGUCCAACGAAAAUCAUAUACUUUAAGACGUCACGGACGAAUAAAUGAAUAAAACAUUAAUGGAUAAAUCAAUAUAAAACAAUAUAUUAUGGAUACUUUUAUUCUGUUUUGUAGAUAAUGCGAAGCAGGAUACUGAGACAUUCAUUAGCAAAUGGAGACUGAUGCUUUUCAUAUAGGUAAAAUAUAUAUUUAUAUAUGGUUUAGAUUAGAGAUUCCCAAUAGCAUAUUAUAUGUAAGUUGUAAAUGAUUGCUUGUGAGUAUGUGUGCAAUGGAAUGUUAAGGUAUUGUAUGAGAGAAAUACAUAAAAAUGAAAGAAUAUUGUUUUACUUGUGAAAAUCGUAAUGAAAGAAUAAAGAGAGAGAAAGAAAAUACCAUAAAUGCAUGGUUGUAAGAUCGAAUAUAUAAAGAAACAUAAGAAAUGUAUAUAAACGUCGAAUGUUAAUGCGUGUCGGUUCACGUACACACGAUGCAUAAAAAUACGAAUACAAUGAAGAAUUGAGAAUGCGUACGCGCGUGUAUGUGGCCCGAAUGAUAUAUUUAUUUGUUGUUGUGUCGAUGAAAAGAGGAAUGAAUGAUUUUUGGACGAAUUAUAAAUUUCCAUGUACGAUAAGAGAUACAAUAUGUACUCAUGGACACGCGGUAGAUUUGAUGCAAGAGUAAUCGGCUUGAAUUUUCAAAAAAAAGAAAGACGAGGUUCUCUGAAAGAGUUAUUCUUGUGAAAGUCUUUCGAUGUCGCUUGGAAAAUAUGCUGCACUAUGCGUUAUUCUAAUUCAAUAUCGUAAAAUGAAUCAUAUGUUAGUUAACAAAAAAUAAGUAAUAAUUUGUAUCAUGGAGAAGAUCAUCUCUUUUUUAUGAUUCCAUUGAAAGCUUUCUUUUUCUUUUUUUUCUAUUAUUUUUUCUUUUAUUUUUUGGGUUAAAAUUAUAUAUAUUCGUGCCUUUUGUAGCAUAUUUUCGAAAGAAUGUACGAUGUGUCCUUCCUUUAAUUGUACAUAUGAAUAGUUACUUUAGAAGUGACAGAAUGAGGUUGGUGUAAAUAAAAAAAAAUCUGGUGAUUUCACGCUUUUAUUGCGUGAGGAGCCGAUUCAAAAUAGGAGAUCAUCAUGUUAAAAGAAGAAAAAGAAAAUACUAUUAUAAUACUAUUUAUGCGUAGAAUAGUCGAAAAGACAUUCUAUCAAAGAUCAUUGGAAUUCGAAAGAUAGAUUUCUUUAUCAUUGAAGAAUGAUAAUACACGUAUAACAAAGAUACAAAAUAGUAUGACAGAACAAUUUAUCAAAAGGAAUGAAAAUAAAAAGGAAAAAAGUAGAUAAAAAUGAUAUACGUCUAAAAUGCAGAGAUAAUUUAAAUUGAAUAAGAGAGCGAACGAGAGCGAGAGAGAAAGCGAUUGUGAGAGAGAAAAUCAUUUAUUGAGAUAAUAUAAUGAAAGAUAAAGAUAAAAAUGUUAUAUUUUUGUAGAUUUGUUAUUGCGUAAAAAAUGCAUUAAGACAAUGAAAACUUUAUAUAAUUUGAGCGACGGUUAAACUGAGCCUGAAAAAAUUAAAAUGAGUGACUAAGAUCAUAAAGAGAAAGGAUAUUGUAUAGAGAAUAUGAUAAAGAUUUAAAAAAAAAACAUAGAAGAAAAUGAAAAAGUGCUUUAGAAAAAAUGAUGGUAUGUUGAACGUGUUUGACAUCUACGAUUUAAUAAGAAAAUCUUAUUAAUUCUUUUGUAUCUCCGAAGCUCUCAAAGUUCUGAGUUGCUUGCGAACAAACAUAAAAAUCUAAAAAAAAAAAAAAAAUAAACAAAAACGAAAAAAAAAAAA